AUGAUCGCAGCAAACACCAUCAUCGAUAUUGUCUUUAUUGCAAUCUUUGCAAUCAUCGCUCCCUUCUCCAUCUUUGGCGCCGUCAAGCACUCCAAGGGCCGCCGCGAUGCUUACGUCCUUCUCAACCUCUUUGUUCUCCUCCGAAUCCUCGGCGACAUCCUCCUCGUCGUUGCUGCCCAAGACAACAGUGCUCCCGUCAAGACAAUCACCGACCUCUUCACGGCCGGCUUCAUCAUGAGCAACAUCGGCUACGGUUUCCUCAUCAGCGCCUGCAUUUCUCUCUACAACAGCGCAAUGGGCAUUGACAAGAAGAACCAGAAGAGGGGCUUCGACCGAGCAGCGCUGCUCCAGAACCCCUCUCGCCUGCUCCACGUCAUCAACCUCGUCGCCACGAUUCUCCUCAUUGUCGGCAUGAACGACUCUAGCGAGGUGUUUGCAGCUGGCGCACUGCCGCGCAACUCGCCGGCGCGCGCCCACGCCCAGGUCGACUCUCUGGCGCAGAUUGGCUACAUCCUCUACCUCGUCGUCACCAUCCUCUUUAUCCUCCUCAUCGCCUCGCACCACAUCCGUGCCAACUACGGCGCACACCACCAGACGAGCGAGAGCCACACGGCGGCCAAGUGGACGCUGGCCUUUGUGUCGGUCGCCCAGAUCCCGAUGCUCAUCCGCGUCGCCUACUCGACUUCGCUGGUCUACUCGGCCAGCUACCUCAACUACAACAUCUACGAGCGCCUCGUGCUGCAGUACAUCAUGGAGGUCAUUGCUGUCCUGAUCCUCCUUGCCCUCGGCUUCACGCUCCAGUUCAAGGGCCUCCUCCCCGGAAACACUUCGUCUUCUUACGACCACCAUGCGUACGACGCAGAAAAGGACUCGCAGAUCCCACCUUACCAGGGCGCUCAGCAGGCCCCGAUCGCUUAUUAG